AUGGCUUCUCAACCCAACAGCCAGGUGGCCAAAGAUGAGCACCCCCGCCACAAAUGGACAGACUUCGAAGCAACCGUCCUCAUGAACCUGAUCAUCCGCAACAUCCACAGAACCGGCUUAGAAAAAGACGAAUUCUCCAAGCUCUCCGACUCCACUGCUCCGCGCCAAAAGGGCCGCAACUCUCGCAGAGCCAAAGAAGUGGCCGAUCCAGACAAGUUAAAAUACGUGGAUGUGGCCACUGCUUUGAAUCGAGCCCUCCACAAGUCCGACUAUACACAUGAUAUCCCUGUCGAGGAGGUAGAGAAGUUACUUCACUUCUUCCUUCGUGAUAGGAAGGGUGCCAUUGCCGUCAUCGAUAGACAGCCCACGGCGAGACUGACGAGAUCUACCCACAAAAUCUGGAUCCGCGGUCUCAAAUUCCUUGGAACCAAGGCCGAAUGGGACAAUGGCAGAAAGGCAGCCGAAGAGGUCAAGAGGCGCGAAGACCAGGAGAGACGCCUGAACGUUGGUAACGCCGGAGCUAUAAUUUCUGGUGAUACUGGUGCUGGGGUCGCUGAUGGAUGGGGUAAUGAUACUGCUCCUGCGCCAUCAGGGGAUGGAUGGGGCACCGAGGCAAAUGAAAAUAAUGGAGAUGCUUCUGCUGCCGCCAGUGCUUGGGGUGAUGCUAUGGAAGUUGAUACUCCGGCCAAAGCAGCAAACAAUCCGAAGGCGAGCGAUGAAGGCUCCGGCGCCAAAGCCAACUCUGGAGCAUGGGGCUCGGGUGCUGCUGAUUCUUCUAAGACAACUGUUACUAAUGCUGCAGACCCAUGGGGCGCGGCUGCUGAGACCACUGUCGAGUCCAACUCAGCCGCAGCUGCGUGGGGAGAGCCCGAAGUCUCGAAGAAAGUCGUUACCACCGUCGUUGCAGCUGCUACAGAUUGGUCCGUCAAUGAAGACCCUUUUGCAACCCCACUCCCCCCAAGCCUGAGCUCCGCAGUGAAUAACGCGACCGCAUCGUCAAAUGCAUGGGGAGUUUCUGGUACAUCCAAUGUCACGAAAGUUCAAACCGUGACCGACUCCGAUCCCUGGAACAAAACUUCUGCCAGUCGCACCGAUCCAGUUUCUGAAGACACAAGCAAUGCUUGGGGAGCCAUUACAGGCACUUCAACGAAUGGAUUGUCUUCUACGACCACAGAGGGCAUCGGUAAAACAGCAAAUACCGCAGCCGACCCAUGGGGCAUCAGCACUGAAUCUGCCAUCCCUUCUCUUCGCAGCACUGCGAAUACCACAGCCGACCCAUGGGGCGCCAGCACUGAACCUGCGCUUCCUUUUCUUCAAAGCACUAUGGAUACCACAGCCGACCCAUGGGGAGCCAGUGCUGCAACUUCUGCAAUUCAACCGUCUGCCAUGGACUGGGGCACUGAAGUUUCCAAUGUGGCUCCUGCAAAUUCCUUCACGACUAAGUCUGCUGAAAAAAACGCUCCAGCUGGAGCCCUGACUGAUAAAUCAGCUCCAAUGAGUUUUGCUGAUUCUUGGGGCGAGCCCGUCGCUCAUGCAACGAACCUGCCCGCUAUUACAGCAGCCGAUGGAUGGGGGGAGCCUGUGGCUAAUACACCAUACCAACCUGUUCCUACCACGUUCAAUGAAUGGAGAGACAAUAUUGAAAAGUCCCAUGGCCAUAACCGUACCCUACAAAUCGUCACUGCAGCCAAGCUCAAUAGCAACGAGGGUGCUUCUACGAACAUCAGGGACCAUGGUCAGGCUCAGUGGGACAAAACCCUAGCCCCUGCACCACCAGGCUGGGGCCCAACAUCAACAACUGUUAUGAAUCCAGUCGCUAUUCCGAGCAAUAUGCCAUUGUGGGCGUCGGCGACCGAGGAAGUCUCCCCACCAAGUGGUAUGAACUCUUCGAAUGGCUCUCAAAACCCAAACCGUCAGGGCAGCAACUCCGACAAAGCACCCAAAAAUUCGGUUCAAACUGUCCAAAUAGCCGUGGCGGGGAUCAACCCAGACCGCCUUGCGAUGCUGGCUGCAGCCGAAACUGACGACGAUGGGGCUUCCGAUUUGGAAACGACUGCAGAUGGAGGAUAUAGCCGCGGAAAGAAAAGUUUCGGAUCUUCAGCUACGUUUGGGUCUAAAGACAACGCUAUUCCCCUGAAGUUCAAUAGACUGGCUGGAAAAUAAGCUGGAGCUGAAGGCGUUGAGAAAACGUUUGCUGGCGGCUAUACUACCUGCAAGAAGCGUGCCGCUGAUUUCUUGAAUCCCACUAUAUUGUGCGUGAAGGAGGACUAUAUGGGUUUUCUGCCGUUUAUAUGAAACUUCGCUGUUUGCUUCGGCCCUGAAGAAUCAGAAAGAUGCAUGUUACGAUGAAUAAGGAGACGGAAUUUUGCGCGGGGAUGGGAUGCAGAAAUAGCCAAUAUUAACUCAAGUGGCUUCAUAGACUGA